UUUGGGCGUUGUAUCCAGCAUCUCAUUAUCAAAAGAGAACAAUUUAAUUACCUCCAUCUCUUUACCGCCCCAAAAUUAUUUAAUUUGAAAGUGCGCUACAUUCAUUGUUUUUUGUCAGCUUGUCAUAGCUUUCCUCUCGUUAUCUGUUUCCCGCGGUCUUAUUUGAAAAGAGACGCUCUUGAGAGAGAAGCUCGCGCUCUUUGUUCAUUCAUUUCAUCUGCUGGGAUUCUUUGUUGCGCGUGAAAGCAUGGGAGCGCAAAUCUCUAAAAACGGGGCAAAAGACGAGACUGUCGCCGAUAAACCCGCCGAAGCUGCGAAUAAAUCAAACGGGCAGGAGAAUGGUCAUACAAAAACCAAUGGGAAUGCCUCCCCAAACACCGAUGCAGCCACAGAAGAUGUGCAGGCCAAUGGGAAGAACUCCGCUGAUGAAGAGUUGAAGGCAGAGGAAGGAAAAACUGAAAAUGGAGGUGAUGAGAAGACCACUUCAGAGGGUAAUGGGGAGAGUUCCGCCGUUGCAAAUGGAGAGGACUCGACCAAAUCAGACGAAAUCAGCUCUGCCUCGGCAAACGAUGAGCCUGCCAAACAGAAGAAGCGCUUCUCCUUCAAGAAGCCAUUUAAACUUGGUGGCUUUUCAUUUAAGAAGAGCGCCAAAAAGGAAGCUGAAGGGGGAGAGGCGGCGGAAGCAGUUGUGGAGAAUGGUGAACAGAAGAAAGAUGCUGAAGCUGAGGAAGCCAAACCUGAGGCCUCCAGUGAAGAAGCCAAGACAGAGGCUCCAACCGUGGAACCCAAAGCUGAGGAACCAACUGAAAAGAAUGAGAAAAAGACAUCCAAUGAGGUCACUGAGGAGAAGCAAGCUGAGCCUGCACCUCAAGAACCAGCAGCUGCUACAGAAAGCUCGGAGGCCCCGGCUGCUGCCACAGAAUAGCAGGUGAAAAGCCUGUUUUAGAUGAAGUCCGAGGAGCACAAACAUGAAACAUUUGUACAAAACCAAUGACAUUUCAAACCUCUGUUUUUCUCCCAUGCUUUUCAUUUCAUCCAUUCCUAUUCCAUCCACUACGUUGUAUAUGACAUUUUGAAGGAAGGGAGUUGGAUGGGAGUGUUUGGAUAUGAAAGGCACAGUUUUCCCAUGUUCUUUAUCUUUUUUUUUAUUUUGUAGCAGUUGUGUAAGUGGUGUGCAUGUGUUUGCGUGUGCAUGAGUGAGAUUAAUAGAGCAUUGCUUAUUUCACAGUUUUUUUUUUUUUUUUUUCAUUUUGUAGUUGAACUAUGUUAGUAUAAGGACAUUGUGUUGAAAUAUUAGUUGAUGGCAAUGGUGCCUUACCAUUGGGUAAAUCAAGCUUGUGUGGAGCUAUCAGAAAUGACAUCAUCGAAAAAUUUACAAAUGUUAUUGGUCAGUUGCCAUUUGAUUUUACUGUCAGUGUUACAUGAAUUACUGAAAUAGGUGCUCAAAAUCUCAACAGCUGCAUUGUGCAAUACCGCCGCAUUAUGUAUUGGCUAUUGUCAUUGCUGGCUUUUAUGAUGUUGAUAAAAUGUUUUUGUUUUUUUAUCAGUGGUAGAAAUUGCAGUAUUUUUUCCCUCCAGAAGUACUCCUGUUUCAAUGAGAAUUAUGUUCUACAAUGUUUAAAAUCAAAAUGUUUGACCUGUCAUGUGUUAUGCAGUCAAAGUGGUUUUUAUUCAGCAGAGUUCCACAAAUGUAUGAAAAAUUGCCAGUGCAAUUGUCAAGUAGAUUUUUUGUUCUUCCUGUGUAAAUACUUCUGCACCAUCUCUACUUGAUUUUUAAAUGGAAUGUAUCUGUGUGCAAAUCGCUCACAAUGCUUUUUUCCCCCCUGCAUUUUAGGGACACUCAAAACAAAAAUAAAGGAUUUAGAC